ACGCCUAUAGGGGCCCACAAUUGGUCCAGAAAGCGUAAAAUCAGCAAUCAAAGGGGCUUGGUUCAUUAGUGUUGGGGAUGGAGGCAGGAAGGACAUGUGAGAUAGUCACAGAUCUGCAGUGAACGGGGCCACAUCUCUCCAGUCAGUGUGGGAUGACUGAAGCAGAGAAACAGCUAAUAUCUUUGAGAGGCACACAGCGCAGCCGGGCUCUGCCUUCACAGCGCCGCUUCUACUGAAGGACUCGGCGGAGGGACCAAAGGAAAAGCACAUCAACAGCAACUCUGGGCUAUUUUCUUCACUCUGAUAACGCGUUGUGUGUUUGACAAGGCGCUGUACUCUUCUGUACCGUUUUACAGAAAUUAACUGCUCGCGAAGCGCGGACCUACGCUGGCUCUGGGUUGGGGGGAAAUACCACUAAAAAUAUCCAUUAUUUCACUUCGGUUUUUGUGGAUGCACCGAUGAGAGAUCCAGUUUUUACAGGGACUGCAAUGGCUUAUCACCCUUUCCACGCACACCGGCCGACCGACUUCCCCAUGUCCGCCUUCCUAGCGGCCGCGCAGCCUUCCUUCUUCCCGGCGCUCAGUCUGCCUCCCGGGGCGCUCACCAAGCCCAUCCCGGACCACGGCCUGGCUGGGGCGGCAGAGGCUGGGCUCCACCCGGCCCUCAGCCACCAUCAGGCGGCUCAUCUCCGCAGCAUGAAAAGCCUGGAGCCCGAGGAGGAAGUGGACGACGACCCCAAAGUUACACUGGAAGCCAAGGAUCUUUGGGACCAGUUUCAUAAACUCGGGACGGAGAUGGUUAUUACCAAAUCUGGAAGGAGGAUGUUCCCUCCGUUCAAAGUGCGAAUAAACGGGCUUGAUAAAAAAGCCAAAUACAUCCUGCUGAUGGACAUCGUGGCGGCGGACGACUGCCGCUACAAGUUCCACAACUCCCGCUGGAUGGUGGCGGGCAAGGCCGACCCGGAGAUGCCCAAGAGGAUGUAUAUCCACCCGGACAGCCCGGCCACCGGCGAGCAGUGGAUGGCCAAGCCUGUUGCUUUCCAUAAACUCAAGCUGACCAACAACAUCUCAGACAAACAUGGAUUUGUGCAGACCAUCCUGAACUCCAUGCACAAGUACCAGCCCAGGUUCCACAUAGUGCGGGCCAACGACAUCCUGAAGCUCCCCUACAGCACCUUCAGGACCUACGUUUUCCCGGAGACCGAGUUCGUGGCUGUGACAGCGUAUCAGAACGACAAGAUAACGCAGCUGAAGAUUGACAACAACCCUUUUGCCAAGGGAUUCAGAGACACGGGGAACGGAAGGAGGGAGAAAAGUCUAUUGUUUUGCAGGAAGCAGCUGACCAUGCCGUCUCUGCGGAUGUUUGAGGACCAGUGCAAGGCGGACCGGGAGGGCGCGGACUCAGACGCCUCCUCCAGUGACCCUCCGACUGGCAGGGACGCCGUCCACUCCCCGCUGGGAGCCGGUACCAGCCCGCUGAGGUUCAGCAGGCCCAGUCGAGAUGAGAAAACGUGCACUGACAGUGAGCAGGAAUUGGAGCAUCAGGAUGAGCGCUGCACUGCCUCCAACAGCCCGGGACCCGAACCCGUGUCCCCCUACAGCUCCAGGUGUGAGGAGCGCAUAAGGGACAGGCCCAGUGCGGAAAAGAAGGACGACUCCAUAUUCAGUAUAAGGAACCUUGAGAAGGACAAAGCGGAGAGCAGGCACAGGAAGGACACCACAGACGCAUUGACAAAGGACUCAGAGGCUGGGGGCAUCAGUGCUAGUAAGGACGCCUUCUCCCCUCUCAUGGUCCAGACCGAGAGCCCCUCGCACUUCAGCCCGGGCCACUUACAAAGCCUGGCUCUGUCUGGGCUGCACAGUCAGCAGUUCUUUAACCCUCUGAACACCGGAUCACCGCUGUUGUUUCACCCUGGGCAGUUUGCCAUGGCCCCUGGAGCCUUUUCUGCCAUGGGCAUGGGGCAUUUAUUGGCCUCUGUAUCCGGAGCAAGUGCUUUGGAAAAUGGCAGCCUCUCCGCCCAGGGCACGGGAGGAACCCCCAAUCCCUUCCCCUUCCAUCUGUCCCAGCACAUGCUCGCCUCUCAGGGCAUCCCCAUGCCUCCAUUCGGAGGUCUCUUCCCGUACCCCUACACCUACAUGGCGGCUGCUGCAGCAGCAGCCUCAGCCUCAGCCCUCCCAGCAACCAGCACCGCCAGCCCGCUCUCCAGGAACCCUUUCCUGGCCUCGUCUCGGCCCCGGCUCCGCUUCAACCCCUACCAGCUCCCAGUGUCUCUGCCUCAGAGCUCCAGCCUCCUCACCGCCGGCCUGACCGGCAGUCUAAACCCGGGCUCUGAAUCCUCCAAACCAGGCAGCAGGGAGACCAGCCCAGCCCCAGAGCACCACAGUAACCACAAGUUGGGAGGCUCGAGCGGGAGGGUCGCAUCUCCCAAAACCUCCAUGAAGGACUCAGUGAAUGAGCUGCAGAGCAUCCAGAGACUGGUGAGCGGCCUGGAGGGCCAGAGGGAGCCCUCCCCGGCUGCAGACUCUCCCAAGUGAUGAAGAAUCUCCAUUUGGGAUGAAGACUUGGCUUGAAUACAUGAGGACUAUAGUGCAUAUGUCCUGUACAGCACAUUACAGAGACUGGGAUGAGGGUUUGACUGAUAUGGGUCGAUGAAAGCCAAUAACUGAUAUUUUUUGGAACAAAGCUGCAGAUAGACAAGAAAAAUUAGUCCAUAUAAUCAAACUAAAUCUUUUUAAAUUCACAAGGAUUGAUGGUUUCAUCCAGAGCUGACUCAUUAGGAAGCAUGGAGAGCCUGUCAAAGUAAAUUCGGGCCAUCGUCAGACACUAAAACUCUUCCCUGACUCCCAGUGUUUUAGGGUUAACUGCUCUUGAACGCAGGCUGAUACUCAAAGACACUCUGGGAUACAUUUUAACAUUGAUGAAAUGAAAAAUUCAUCUACAAAAUGAACAAUUAAGUAAAUAAAAAUAUUAUGCAAAGAUAAAAUAUAUAU